AUGUGGAGGUUAACAUGUGUCGGUUUGGCCCUGCUCUUAUGUGUUCAAGGUUCACUUUCUCAGUUGAAUGUUUGUGGACAGGCCCCUCUGAACACCCGUAUUGUGGGCGGUGUGGAUGCAUUUGAGGGUUCAUGGCCGUGGCAGGUCAGUCUGCACAGCUCCAACUUCGGAGGUCAUUUUUGUGGAGGCUCCCUCAUCAACAGUGAAUGGGUGCUGACUGCGGCUCACUGUUUACCUGGUGUCACUGCAUCUGAUCUACUUGUGUACCUAGGAAAGAGAACACAGCAAGGAGUCAAUACCUAUGAAAUCAGUAGAAAUGUCAUCUCCAUCAUCGUCCACCCCUCCUACAAUAGUCAAACUAGCGACAAUGACAUCGCUCUGCUCCGGCUGUCCUCCGCAGUCACUUUUAAUGACUAUAUUAGACCGGUGUGUCUGGCAGCCCAGAGCAGUGUCUUCCCUUCUGGCACCAGCAGCUGGAUCACAGGCUGGGGAAAUGUUCAAGCUGGAGUGAGUUUACCUUCUCCUGGGAUCCUGCAGGAGACUAUGGUUCCAGUGGUAGCUAAUGAUCAGUGUAAUACUCUUCUGGGUUCUGGAUCUGUUACCAGCAACAUGAUGUGUGCUGGUUUUACACAGGGAGGCAAAGACACCUGCCAGGGAGACUCUGGAGGUCCAAUGGUGAUCAAGCAGUGUUCGGUGUGGGUUCAGUCUGGUAUCACCAGCUGGGGUUAUGGAUGUGCUGAUCCCAACUCUCCUGGUGUUUACACCCGCGUUUCACAGUAUCAGAGCUGGAUCACAAACAACAUUGGCCAAAACCUUCCAGGAUUCUUCAUUUUCAAUACUUCAAGCACAUGCCAGUCUGUUUCUUUGGCCUCACCUGCUUCUACUACAUCACCUAUUUCUGCUGCCACAACUGCUUCUGCUGCAUUGCCUGUUUCUACUACCUCACGAGUUCCUGCUACCUCAAGAACAACUACUACUCUGAGACCUCCACGCAAUCAGUCCUCAAUUUCUUGUCGUAGAAGAUGUGGUGAGAGAUUUGACAUCCGCAACCGCUGCAACUGCAAUCCUGGCUGCCACAGAAACUGCUGUAGGGAUUAUGAAAGGCUAUGCAAAGACAGAAACCCAGAAGAAGGGACCUAUUUGUUUGGUGCACCAAUGGGUCUCAUCAAAUAUUUGUGUCUUCAGGAUGACAAAAAAGGAGGAGGAGAAUUAAGAGAAAAGAUGUGGGCAGAGCCUCAGAGGACCAAGUUAAACUCCAGCAUCCAAUCUGCUCGUGAACACAGGGACUGUGUGAAGAUGUGGAGAUUAACGUGUGUCACUUUGACCCUGCUCAUGUGUGCCCAAGGUUCACUUUCUCAACUGAAUGUUUGUGGACAGGCUCCUCUAAACACUCGUAUUGUGGGUGGUGUGAACGCACCUGAUGGGUCGUGGCCGUGGCAGGUCAGUCUGCACAGCUCCAACUUCGGAGGUCAUUUUUGCGGAGGCUCCCUCAUCAACAAUGAAUGGGUGCUGACAGCAGCUCACUGCUUACCUGGUGUCAGCGCAUCCAGUCUGCGUGUGUAUUUGGGAAGGAGGACACAGCAGGGAGUCAAUGCCAAUGAAAUCAGUAGAAAUGUGAGAACGAUAAUCGUUCACCCCUCUUAUAAUAGCAGAACACACGACAAUGACAUCGCUCUGCUCCGGCUGUCCUCCACAGUCACCUUUAAUAACUAUAUUAGACCCGUGUGUCUGGCAGCCCAGAGCAGUGCCUUCCUUUCUGGCACCAGCAGCUGGAUCACAGGCUGGGGAGAUGUUAGAAGUGGAGUGAGUUUACCUUCUCCUGGGAUCCUGCAGGAGACUAUGGUUCCAGUGGUUGACAAUGUUCGAUGCAAUGCUUUGCUGGGUUCUGGAUCUGUUACCAGCAACAUGAUGUGUGCUGGUUUAACACAGGGAGGCAAAGACACCUGCCAGGGGGAUUCUGGAGGUCCAAUGGUGAGCAGGCAGUGCACAGUGUGGGUUCAGUCUGGUAUCACCAGCUGGGGUCUUGGCUGUGCUGAUCCCAACACUCCUGGUGUUUACACCCGAGUGUCUCAAUAUCAGAGCUGGAUCACCAACAAUAUUCGUCAGAACCUGCCAGGAUUUGUCACCUUCAACCCACCGACUUCAUGCUCCUCUACCAGCCUAACCUCAACCUCCUGUAGAGGGAGAUGCAAUGAGAAGUACAACAGUCGCUCUCGCUGCAACUGCAAUACUAACUGCAGUUUAAACUGCUGCCAAGAUUACAGACAGCGUUGUGCCAUGUGAAGUAUGUCAUACUUCUAUGGAUUAUAAAUGAUCACAGGCUUAAAAUCACGUCACUUGCACCUAAAUUGAAUGAUCUUUAUCUGCUUGUUCGGUGAGAAGAUUUUACUUGAGUGCCGCUUUGGUUGCAUUCCACAGUCAGAAUUGAACACAGUCAAAGAGAUGCUGUACUAACUCAUACUCAGGGGUGUAAAUGCAAUAUUGUUAGUGUUCAACAUAUGUUUAACAACAGCACCGUUAGUAGAAUCCUUGUCUCUUUUGUUUUUCUUUCUCUUCUAUCAGGUAAUUGAUUAGUAUUGAUUGUAGA